AUAUAUACUCUAAUGAAAUUGCUGAAAAAUGAAAAGACUCCUUUGUUGAGAAAUUACCUAACACUUCCACUUCAACUGAAUGCUGAUCCUGAUGACAAGCUUUUGGUGGCUACAGAGGGAAGAGUGCCAUCUUUCAGUCAUGAUUUUGUCCCAAAUAUGUUGAGGACAAAACCAGAGCCUGAUGUAGAAAAGCGGCAUCUUACCCUUGAGGCAAAGAUGGCACAGAUUAACGGUGAUACAGCACAAAAACAAAUCAAUGUCCACAACAAGGUAGUUAAACAUGUAAUGGACCUUGUGAACACUGCACGGGAGGAAUGGGAAACUGAAACUGCCUCACGCACGAAUCAGCCUCAGACGUGCUCUAAUAGCGAGACUGAGGUACUCCUUGCUGCUCUUGGCACAGGGAAGGGUAUAAAAAUGAUGCCAGGAAGAGCCCCUCCUCCAGGACCAUCACCGACAAUACCACAGCAGCCUCCUCCUCAGAUGCCAAAUACAAGCAAGGCUGUUAGCUCAGUGAAGACUAACAUCAAAGCUGCAUCUGCUAUGAAUCCAUAUGGUCGAUGAAAAUAAAUUCUUUAUUUGAAAAUGUCUUCCUAUUUGACUCAUGAAGUUCUUCAGUGAUAGUUGUAUUUCUGGAGAGAAUAAAGCAUUCUUUGAAAUAG